AUGCAAGAAGGGUGGACAUUGACCAAGACCAAGACCACAAAACAACAUUUAGAUCCAAACGCUACCAAUACACCACAGACAAGAGAAUUUGUAAAUCAACUACGGAUUAGAAGCGGUAAAAACCAAUGCCGAAGAUGUGCAGAUCUGCAGCAGACUAGUGUUAUCAAGAAGCACUUUCUACACAAGCUAGAUGCUAUUCUGAUGAUAAUCAACACAGUAACCGCUCCUUCAAUAUCUCGGCAAUCUAUCCAAACUCUUGAUUCCAAUCUACAAAAACCACAAUCCAGUCUCUUCUCUGUUCGUCGUGGACUAACUACCGGAAUUCUAGGAUCAAUCUUUGUCGAGGUUAGCGUUGAAAAUUUGGAAUCGCUAACUCUAAUUCUUAAACCUCUUUAUAAACCAAAUGGAAGCAGUGAUUAUCAGCACUCUUUGAAUACAAUCUGUACUGCUACACCUUUUAUUCCUGUAAGCAGAACCAUCCACAGCAAUAACAUAUCUGAGCCUGAAGCCUCUGCUACUCUUGAAUCCUCGUCCAAAGCCUUUGUCAAUCCUACACACUCUUGUCCAGUUAUUGAAGAACUCGAUUCAGUUGAAGAUAUGGAGAUUAUGCAUGCAAAACAAGGCUCACAGGCUAGUCGUCGUAAGAGUACAGAUGCUAGACCUAAAGAAGCCACUCCAAUUCAAGUCGACGAAGAAACAAAAAUGAUGGCUGACAUUGCCAAACUCAACUCUCUAUCAAUAAGAUGCAACAAAUUUAAAGCAAUACUGGAACAGCCAAAUGUUGAUCUAGAGCAAUUACGAAAGCUUAGUUGGCCAGGAAUUCCCACAGAAAUUCGCCCUACUGCAUGGAAGCUUUUGAUGGGGUAUCUUCCCGCUAAUUCAGAUCGUCGUGAUUCAACACUGAUACGUAAACGCAAAGAAUAUGAGGAAUAUGUUUUGCAAGCAUAUUCUCGUGGCACAGAAGGACUUGACCAAGGUCUCAGUCAUCAAAUCCACAUAGAUAUUCAACGUACAAAUGCGCAUAUGCCGCUUUAUCAGCAUCCAAUCAUUCAAGAGGCACUUGAGCGUAUCCUUUAUGUUUGGGCUAUACGACACCCAGCGUCUGGUUAUGUACAAGGAAUCAAUGAUUUAGUCACAUCGUUUUUCCAAGUAUUUCUUCAAGAAGUUGUUUACCCAGCACAAAUAUCACCAGAAACACUCACAAAUGUUCAAGCUGACACAUUCUGGUGUUUGACCAAGCUACUUGAUGGAAUCCAGGACAAUUACACUCAUAAGCAGCCUGGAAUUCAAAGACAGAUUUUUCGACUUAAAGAACUAAUUAAUCGGAUUGAUGCACCGCUCCACAAUCACUUGGCUGCACAAGGUAUCGAGUUUUUACAGUUUUCGUUUCGUUGGAUGAACUGCAUGCUGAUGCGCGAGAUUUCUCUGGGAAAUACGAUUCGCAUGUGGGAUACCUAUCUCGCUGAAGGUUCUGACGGGUUUUCCGACUUUCAUUUGUAUGUAUGUGCAGCCUUUUUGGUCAAAUGGUCUGCUCAGCUUCGAAGCCUUGAAUUUCAGGAUAUUAUGAUGCACUUGCAAUCUCCUCCUACGGCAGCGUGGACAGAAAAGGAUAUUGAGCUGUUGUUGUCAGAGGCAUUUAUGUGGAAAUCGUUGUUUCACAAUUCACCUAACCAUUUGAGUUCAAAUGGGAGCGGUGCUUCAAGUAUGCAGCUACAAUGA